UGUACAUUUAUAACCUGCUUAUAUAAAUUUUGUAGCAAUGAAAUUCUUUGUAUUACAUUGAAGACUAUGAAAGUUAGAAGAACUAAUAAAAAAUGACAGACAAAUGUGAUGCUGGACCAAGUAAACUUGGUAUAGGCAGAGGUACUUUGGUUUUACAAAAGAUAAGAAAACAAUUGGUAGAAAAUGAAUCUAAAAUUCUAGAUAAAUCUAGUUUUACAUACCAGCAACAGUCAAUUUCACAAUUACAAGCAUUUAAUACUACUUUACCUUUUAUGGGACGUGGAAAAGCUUUAUUAUUGAACUUCACAAAAACUGAAAAAGAAAAAGAAAAAUCACCAUUUUUUGAGCUUCUUCCUACCAUAGGUAAAGGAAGAGCAUCUCCUUUAAGUUUAUUUAAAAAAACUACAACAUCUGGACAACCUUUAAUGAUAGAACAAGAGACUAGUACAGGAGAAUCUUUCAUAGAAAAACAACAAAGUAAUGUAAGACAACCUGUAAUAGUACAAGAGAAAAUAGCCUCUUCUAAUAAUAAUGCUGGAAUAUUAGACAAGUUGUCUCAACUUUCUAUAUAUGAGACCACUCCUGCAACUGCUACUCCAAGCGAAGAAUUACAAGUAAUAAACCGUCAAGGUACAAGUGGAAAAGUGGUAGAUUUAUUUGCUAAUUACAUCGAUUUAAAACUAGAUACAGGAAGGGGAUUAUUUCAAUAUGAAGUUAAAUUCAAUCCUGAUAUUGAUUCAAGAGCUCUGAGAAGAAAACUUUUGAAUCAGCAUGCAGCUAAACUUGGAUACACUUUAAGUUUUGAUGGAGUUCUUCUAUACUUGCCUCAAAAAUUUCCACAAGAGAACAUAGUGUACAAAUCUGAUCAUCCACUAGAUGGAUCUCCAGUGAUCCUUACACUUAUUUUUAAAAAGAAAGAAAAGAUGAGUGAAAGUAUCCAAUUCUUUAAUAUUCUUUUUGGACGUAUUAUGAGAGCUCUUAAUUUUGUUCGUAUCGGUAGACAAAAUUUUAAUCCUGCAUGUGCUCAUACUGUACCACAGCACCAAUUAGAAAUUUGGCCUGGAUAUAUUACAGCUAUUAAUGAAUAUGAAGGUGGAUUAAAACUUUGCAUUGAUGCAAAACAUCGAGUUAUGCGUAUGGAAACAGUUCGAGAUUUGAUAAUUGAAUUUCAUGAAAAAAACCAAGAGCAUUAUAAAGAUUAUAUAACAAUGGAAGUUGUUGGGUCUAGUGUUCUAACUCGAUAUAAUAAUAAGACCUAUCGUAUCGAUGACAUUGCAUGGGACAAAAAUCCAAUGUUUGAAUUUGAAAGACAAGGUAUGAAAACGACUAUGAUAGAUUAUUAUAAAAAUCAUUGGAGUUUAGAAAUUAAAGAUAAAAACCAGCCACUUUUAGUACACCGUUCUAAUGAAAAAUUACCUACUGGGCAGACACACGAAAAACUCACACUUUUAGUACCUGAAUUAUGUUACAUCGCUGGAUUAACGGAUAGUAUCAGAUCAGAUUGUAAAAUUAUGAAAGAUCUUAAUACAAUUACGAAAGUUUCUCCUAACAAUCGCCGUGAUAUAAUAAGGAAUUUUUUACAUGAAAUAAAAAAAAACAGCGUAACACAGGAAAUACUAUCUGCAUGGGGUUUACAUAUUGAUGAUGAUUUAACUCAUUUGAAAGGACGUGUUCUAAUGCCUGAACAUAUAUAUUUUGGUAAAAAUAAGAUGAUACAGGGAAAAUCAAAUGCUGAGUGGCAUAUUGAAAUGAUUAAUAAUCAUGCUUUACGUGCUCCGAAUUUGAAAAAUUGGUAUAUUUUUUAUUCUCAACGAGAUACAAAAUACGCUACAGCAUUUAUCAAAACGCUCCUUAAUAUUUCAUUAAAUUUAGGCCUACAAAUUAGCAUUCCCCAUGAAGUUUCUUUAAAAGAUGAUAGAACUGAUACAUACUUGCGUAAACUUCGUUACAUCAUUAAUGAUGAUGUUGAAAUGGUGGUUAUUGUUUUCCCCACCAAUCGAACUGAUCGUUAUUCUGCAGUUAAAAAGUUUUGUUGCGUAGAAAAACCUAUUCCAUCGCAAGUUAUAAUGUCAAGGAGUCUUUCUCGUCCUGAUAAAUUGAGAAGUAUAACACAGAAAAUAGCUUUACAAAUGAAUUGUAAACUAGGCGGUGCUCUUUGGGCAGUGAACAUUCCAUUUGAUAAAUGUAUGGUAUGUGGAAUAGACGUAUAUCAUCCUGGUUUAGGAGAAGGAAGACGAGGCAGUGUAGCUGGAUUUGUAGCUAGUAUGGAUAAAUUAUUAACAUCGUGGUACAGUAAGAUCUGUUUACAAGGAGCACACCAAGAAAUAAUAGAUUUAUUACAGAUCUGCUUAAUUUCUGCUAUUAAUGCGUUUAAAAAACACAAUGGAAGUAAUCCAAAUCGUAUAAUUGUUUAUCGUGAUGGCGUUGGUGAUGGACAAAUUGACACUAUUGCCAAAUAUGAAGUUAAACAAUUGUUGGCAACAUUCACACAUAUAGAUCCUGAUUACAAACCACAACUUAGUGUAAUUGUUGUACAAAAGCGAAUUAAUACUCGUUUAUUUUGUGAGAAUCAAGGAAAUUUAAUCAAUCCUGCAUCUGGAACUAUCAUUGAUUUUUCUAUAACAAGACCUAAUUUUUACGAUUUUUUCCUUAUACCUCAAAGUAUACGUGCUGGCACAGUAACUCCAACGCAUUAUAUCGUUGCUUAUGAUGGAUCAAAUAUGAAACCUGAUCAUAUACAACGUUUUACAUAUAAACUUUGUCAUUUAUAUUACAAUUGGCCUGGUACCAUAAGAGUGCCUGCUCCAUGUCAAUAUGCUCAUAAACUUGUAUCACUCGUUGGACAAAAUAUUCAAAUGGAACCAGAUUUAAGUUUAUGCAACUAUCUCUUUUAUUUGUAAUUCAUGCAUAAUCAAUUAAUAUAUAGUUUAUUUUUUCAUUUGACAUAAACAGUAUUUUUUACACAA